AUGCCUGGCUCUGAUGCGGGCGAUGAAUUUGAUGUCGAGGACUUCAUCGUUGAUAUCGAUGGUAUUCAAUCCCACGGCAUCGGAGCUGCAGACAUUAACAAGCUCAAGGCCAAUGGGUACUACACUGUUGCUUCUGUACAUGGAGCCACUCGCAGAACACUCCUCAAAGUCAAAGGCUUCAGCGAAGUCAAGGUGGAGAAAAUAAAGGAAGCUGUCCAGAAAUGUCUUCCCUCGACGGGAUUCAUCACAGCCAUGGAGCUAUUCCAUCAGCGCAAAAAGGUCGUCAGAAUCUCAACAGGAAGCAAACAAUUUGACUCUAUUCUCGGAGGCGGCUUCCAAAGCAUGAGCAUCAGCGAAGUCUUCGGCGAGUUCCGCUGCGGCAAAACCCAACUCUCACACACGAUGUCCAUUAUUGCCCAGCUCCCGAAGUCGAUGGGCGGCGCUGACGGCAAAGUCGCAUACAUCGACACAGAAGGCACAUUCCGACCCGAGCGUAUCGCGCAGAUCGCCGAACGCUUCGGCGUUGAUCCGGGCCUGGCUCAAGAGAAUAUUUCGUAUGCGCGUGCUCUGAACAGUGAGCAUCAACUGGAGUUACUGAAUACGCUGAGUCGAGAAUUUGCGGAUGGGUCUUAUCGACUGCUUGUGAUUGAUAGCAUUAUGAACUGUUUCCGGGUCGACUAUUGUGGGCGUGGGGAGUUGGCGGAGCGUCAGCAAAAAUUAAAUCAGUUCCUGAUGAAACUGGCGCACAUGGCUGAAGAGUUCAAUGUCUGUGUCUUGAUGACAAAUCAGGUCCAGAGUGACCCUGGUGCAAGUGCCCUCUUCGCCGGCGCUGAUGGUCGCAAGCCUGUCGGUGGACAUGUACUUGCUCAUGCGUCUACUACUCGAGUGCUGCUUCGCAAAGGCCGUGGUGAGGAACGGGUGGCUAAGAUACAGGAUUCACCUGAUUGUCCUGAAAGAGAAGCCACUUAUGUGAUUACGAAUGGAGGUAUCAACGAUCCAGACCAGAUUUGA